AUGGGAUACCAAAAGCUAAGGACUUAUUUUUUGACUCACUAUGUUCGGGUUCCAUGCAAAGCACCGUUGGAAGCGGUUCUCAAGAGCGCUGGGAAAUUAGGAAGGAUAACAAAUUGGAACACUCACCUUGAUCAGUUCAGCAUUAUCCAUGAAAUCCAACACUCCCAAAAAUCACAAGUCUUGGCGGAUUUCCUCGCAGACCUACCCCUGGACAACGAUGAGGAAGUAAGGGGCAUACCAGAAAUAGACGAAGGCAAAGACCCAGUUGACAUCCUCGAGCCCUCAAACCAAAGGCGAUGGGAGGUUUUCGUUGAUGGAUCGAAGAAUAUGGUAGGUGCAGGCAUAGACAUCGUAAUCACCACCCCUAUCGGAGAAAGGAUCGUGCACGUAUUAAGGUUGGAAUUCAGAGGGCACACCAAUAACAUCUUCGAAUAUGAAGCUGUAGUGCACGCUCUUCGUUUGAUAAUAGAAAUGGGAAUAACCAAUGUACGCCUUACAAGUGAUUCACAACUGGUUAUACGACAGAUAGGGCUGGAGUAUAAUGUCUACGAUGAGACUCUUUCAGCAUACAUGGCCUUGGUCCAGGCUCUGGUAUCCCAAAUACCAAAUAUUAAAUUUCGGCAUUCAUGCAGAAAAGAACUUAGGCAUGCCGAUGCUUUAGCUUAUAUAUCAUCCAUGCUGAAAGAUGAAAGCAUUCAGGCAAUCAAGAUAACAAGAGUAUACGAGCCCUCGGUCUUCCCUCAGGAAUCCUUCGCCACAAAUCGUGAAGACGACGUAGGGGAGGAUAUCGCUGACGAUGAUGUAGGGGAAGAAAUCGCUGAUGACUUUCAUGAAGAUGAUAUCAUGACAAGAGCUAACGAGGACGAAGACUUCAAAAACGAAGAAGACUGGAGAACCGAAGUUCAUCUCUUCCUUAAAGAAGGAACGCUACCUACAGACCUGAAGCAGGCUAGAAAAGUGCAGCCAAAGGAGGGAAGAUAA